ACCAAUUCUUGAUCUUGAAUCUCGUAGAGGGAGAGAGAGAGAUCAGGAUUCACAUUCUAUUCGUCUUACAAAAAUGAAACAGACCAAUCUCCUGCUAUGUAAAUUAUUCAUAGGAGCCUUGUUUUUGUUGGGCUCUGUUUUGGUUAAUGGGGAAGACCCAUAUAUGUUCUACACUUGGACUGUCACUUAUGGAACAAGAUCUCCUCUUGGUGUUCCUCAACAGGUCAUUCUUAUCAAUAAUCAGUUCCCUGGUCCUCCGAUUGAAGCUGUUACAAACAACAAUGUCGUUGUUAAUCUCAUUAACAAGCUUGACGAGCCAUUCCUCAUCACUUGGAACGGAGUGAAGCAGAGGAGGACAUCGUGGCAAGAUGGACUUACCAGUUUCAACUUAAAGAUCAAAUCGGCUAAAGCAGCUUAUAAGAUUUUCCCGUUGAAAUUCUCAUAA